AUGGCGGUGCCCGCGGCGGCCCUGGGGCCCUCGGCGCUGGGCCCGGGCGGCCCCGGCUCGCUGGCGCACUGGAGCGCCAUGAGCGGCGGCCCCACGCGCUACGUGCUGGGCAUGCAGGAGCUGUUCCGCGGCCACAGCAAGACGCGCGAGUUCCCGGCGCACAGCGCCAAGGUGCACUCGGUGGCCUGGAGCUGCGACGGCCGCCGCCUGGCCUCCGGCUCCUUCGACAAGACGGCCAGCGUCUUCCUGCUGGAGAAGGACCGGCUGGUCAAAGAAAACAAUUACCGCGGACAUGGUGAUAGCGUGGACCAGCUGUGCUGGCAUCCAAGUAACCCUGACCUCUUCGUCACCGCGUCUGGAGACAAAACCAUCCGCAUCUGGGAUGUGAGGACCACCAAGUGCAUCGCUACUGUGAACACGAAAGGGGAGAACAUUAACAUCUGUUGGAGUCCCGAUGGGCAGACCAUCGCCGUGGGCAACAAGGACGAUGUGGUGACCUUUAUCGACGCCAAGACACACCGUUCGAAAGCGGAGGAGCAGUUCAAGUUCGAGGUCAACGAAAUCUCCUGGAACAACGACAAUAACAUGUUCUUCCUGACGAAUGGCAAUGGUUGCAUCAACAUCCUCAGCUACCCAGAGCUGAAGCCUGUGCAGUCCAUCAAUGCCCAUCCUUCUAACUGCAUCUGCAUCAAGUUUGACCCCAUGGGGAAGUACUUUGCCACAGGAAGCGCAGAUGCUUUGGUCAGCCUCUGGGAUGUGGAUGAACUAGUGUGUGUUCGGUGCUUUUCCAGGCUGGAUUGGCCUGUGAGGACCCUCAGUUUCAGCCAUGAUGGGAAAAUGCUUGCUUCAGCAUCAGAAGAUCAUUUUAUUGACAUUGCUGAAGUAGAGACAGGAGACAAGCUAUGGGAGGUGCAGUGUGAGUCCCCGACCUUCACUGUGGCCUGGCACCCCAAAAGGCCUCUGCUGGCAUUUGCCUGUGAUGACAAAGAUGGCAAAUAUGACAGCAGUCGGGAAGCAGGAACUGUGAAGCUGUUUGGGCUUCCCAAUGAUUCCUGA